AUGACCUCCAGCAAGAAAACGGCCACGGUCAUUGUCCUUGGUGGCCCCUCCGGUACCGGUAAAACCACCAUAGGGCUUAUGUUGGCCGACAAAUUGCAGUGUCCAUUCGUCGAGGGAGACUCUUUGCACCCCGCCGAAAACAUCAACAAAAUGGGAAACAAUAUUCCGUUGACCGAUACCGAUCGCUGGCCGUGGUUGACCCAGAUCUCCCGGCAGUCGGUCCAGGCUGCCGUCGCCAGUACCACCUCACACUUAUCGGUGGUUUCCUGUUCGAUGCUCAAGGCUAUUUACAGGGAUUACAUCAAGUCUGAGAACCCAUUUUUACAGUCGGACGAUGUUGCCGUAAAGUUUGUCUUUGUCUUCUUGCACUGCAGGUUUGAGGAUGGACUCAAGCGGGUAGGCGGCAGAGAAAGCCACUUCUUCAAGGCCGAUUUGACCAAGUCGCAAUACGACAUCAUGGAAAUCCCAGCCGGCGACAGAAUCUUGGGCCUGAGUCCAUCUGGAAGCGAGUUGCCAAUUGAUACUACCAACAAGAAGCCGGAGGUGAUUUUGACCGAAAUUUUAGAGAAGUUGGCCUACUUCAAAGCUCUAGAAUAG